ACGCUGCCAGUCUUUGUUUUCCUGGGUGUUCCCUAGUGAGCUCACUUCCCCUUAGGCACUUCACCAUAGGCACUUUAAUUCCGCUAGUCUGGUUGUGUCUUCACAGUAAUUGCACUCCAAUUAGAAUCGCACAGGUGUUGACAAUACUCUGUCAUUAGUUUCCCUAUAUAGAGCUGUCUUUCUCUGUUGUCAUCAUGGAGUCCUUACCCUAUGUGUCUCAUGCUCUCGUUCCCCCGAGACUUCCUCUACCUUCUCAUUCUUCCGAGUUCCCCGUUUCAUCCGGUUCCCUCUUUUGGUUACGUUUGUCUCUCAUGACUGUUUAUUUUUGUAGUUACCCCUCUGUUUAAAUAAAAACCCUUACCUGCAUUUGGAUCUACCCUCUCUUUGUGUUUUCCCAAACCCAACCGUGACAGAAGGACUCCAUCAUGCCUAGAUCCAGCGGUGUGAGAUUUCGAAUCGGUUCCCCAGCCACCAUGGAGGAACGGAGGGGGAGAUUCCGGAACUUAACCACCCUUCAUCAAGAGGGAAGGGAGGUGGGUGGCCUGGCGCAAUUGUUUUGGACUUUGGCAGUCGGGUUAGGUUACAAUGAUGCAGCACUAAAGGAUUGGUUUAAUAAUUGCCUGGAUGAUCCUUUACCUCAAUGGGAGAUGAAGGGGUUAGAGAUCCUGGACUUUUGGGGGUUUACCAAUUACCUGCACCAUCGUGCUCAGUGGAAUGCAACAACCACACCAGAGUUUCCAGACAAGGCUGCCAGCUCAGCCCCACAACCCAAGAUGGCCACCAGCCCAGCCCCACAGCCCAAGAUGGCCGCCAGCCUAGCGCCACAGCUCAAGAUGGCUGCCAGCCCAGCACCACAGCACAAGAUGGCCGACUCAACGCCACCGACUCUCCAUCGUAGAGGGCGGAGGAGGAGACAGGCAGCUACUGUUCCUCAGGACCCGGAGAACGUUCCCGAGCGGGCGGCUGCCGUCCACGAGGCCGUUCCCGAUGCGGUGCCCGCUGCUGUUCCGGAGGCCGAGGCGGUGGCCGAGGCCGUUCCCGAUGCGGUGCCCGCUAAUGUUCCGGAGGCCGAGGCGGUGCCCGAUGCAGUCUCCGAGGCGGUGCCCGAUGCAGUUCCCGAGGCGGUGCCCGAUGCUGUUUCCGAGGCCGAGGCUGUUCCCGAGAAGGUGCUCGAUGCUGUUCGAGAGGCCGAGGCAAUGCCCGAUGCUGUUCCCGAGGCGGUGCCUGAUGCAGUUCCCGAGGCGGUGCCCGAUGCAGUUCCCGAUGCUGUUCCCGAGGCGGAGCCCGAUGCUGUUCCCGAGGCGGUGCCCGAUGCUGUUCCCGAGGCGGUGCCCGAUGCUGUUCCCGAGGCGGUGCCCGAUGCUGUUCCCGAGGCGGUGCCCGAUGCUGGUCCCGAGGCGGUGCCCGAUGCUGUUCCCGAGGCGGUGCCCGAUGCAGUUCCCGAGGCGGUGCCCGAUGCAGUUCCCGAGGCGGUGCCCGAUGCAGUUCCCGAGGCGGUGCCCGAUGCAGUUCCCGAGGCGGUGCUCGAUGUUGUUCCCGAGGCGGUGCCCGAUGUUGUUCCCGAGGCGGUGCCCGAUGUUGUUCCCGAGGCGGUGCCCGAUGCUGUUCCCGAGGCGGUGCCCGAUGCUGUUCCCGAGGCGGUGCCCGAUGCAGUUCCCGAGGCGGUGCUCGAUGCAGUUCCCGAGGCGGUGCUCGAUGUUGUUCCCGAGGCGGUGCCCGAUGCAGUUCCCGAGGCGGUGCCCGAUGCUGUUCCCGAGGCGGUGCCCGAUGCUGUUCCCGAGGCGGUGCCCGAUGCUGUUCCCGAGGCGGUGCCCGAUGUUGUUCCCGAGGCGGUGCCCGAUGCAGUUCCCGAGGCGGUGCUCGAUGUUGUUCCCGAGGCGGUGCUCGAUGCAGUUCCCGAGGCGGUGCUCGAUGCAGUUCCCGAGGCGGUGCCCGAUGCAGUUCCCGAGGCGGUGCCCGAUGCAGUUCCCGAGGCGGUGCCCGAUGCUGUUCCCGAGGCGGUGCCCGAUACAGUUCCCGAGGCGGUGUCCGAGGCUGUUCCAGAGGCGGUGCCUGAUACAGUUCCCGAGGCGGUGACCACAAGGCCGUGGUGGUCUUCUACUCCGCCCUGGGGGACUCUGGCGGUGACCACGAGGACGUGGUGGUCGUCCGCUCCACCCUGGGGGACUCGGGCGGUGACCACGAGGACGUGGUGGUCGUCCGCUCCACUCUGGGGGACUCCGGCGGUGACCAUGAGGACGUGGUGGUCUUCUGCUCCGCCCUGGUGGACUCCGGCCUCGACCACAAAGACGUGGUGGUCUUCCGCUCCGCCCUGGAGGGCUUUGACUUUGACCACAAGGCCGUGGUGGUCUUCCGCUCCGCCCUGGUGGACUCCGACCUCGACCACAAAGAUGUGGUGGUCAUCUGCUCCGUCCUGGUGGACGCCUCAACAUGCCCUUCAUGGACUUAUGUUUUGUGUUUUUUGAGUUCUGUUUCUGUCUGUUCCUUUUAGUUUAGUCUGGCCCUCCUUCCCUCCCCCUGAGCCUCCACCUGUCCGCCUCCCUCCUGGACUCCUUGUUUUGUGUUACA